UAAAUGGCAUCAGGAGAGCAUGAAAAGUCACAUUGCUGCAGACUUCUAGGCAGCAAUACACCCUCACGCUGAGGUCUCCUGUCUCUAGGAACGACUCCAGCUUAAUCUUCUCCACCAUGAGCCUCAGACCUAAUGCCGCCCCCUCCUGUGCCCGCACCAGCCCUCUCCGGGUUCUACAGGGGCUGCUAGUGCUAUCCCUGCCCUUGACCACGCUGCUUCCCUGGGCCGCCGGAGAAACUCAAAGUGUGGACAGGAAACAGUUCUUUGAACUUUACUGCAUGUGUAUGAAGACCAUCUCUGGCAUUCAUCCAAGUAACAUCCAAAUGGAGGUGCUCAGAGCAGGACCCCAUUGUGCCAAUGUUCAAGGGAUAGCCACACUGAAGAAAGGAAAGAAAAUCUGCCUGGACCCAGAAGCUCCCAAAAUCAAGAAAAUAGUCCAGAAAAUUUUGGAAAGCGAUGGGUCAACGGCUUAAUUGGUUCACUUUGUCAAACCUUUUUAUCUCCCAAGAAUGGGAGGAGUUUGAAGGCUUGACUUUCUGGAGUUCUUAUUUAUCCAAAAUUCCUAUUCGUAUUGUAUUAAACUUUGGAUAUGUUUUCCAUUCUGCCUCAAAAAGUCACAUGGUAUUCUGAGAAGGCUGGUUAAUAGAUGACAGAGAGAAGAUGACAAUAAGCAAACUUACUUUCAAAAUAUAAUGUAUGGUUUAUUCCCUAACUCUUGGUUAAAUGUGACGCUCUGCUUUGCAUUCAUUUAUUUAAAAUUUUCUUUUCAAAUACUUACAUGUGCAUUAACCUAUCUUGCUCUACCUUACUGUUAGACUAGCUAUGCCCAUGAUGAUUAAUAGAUUCCAUAAUGGUCAAUGAUAUUUGGAAUCACACAGAGCCCAGAAUAGAGCACUUGCUCAAGAAAUGUUUGCUAAUUUAUUUAGGCGCUUAAUGGAGUUUUUCACUGUCUUAGUCUUAGGAUGUCUUGUUUCAAAGCAUUUUCUGGAAGAUAUUUCCAGUGUUUAUUUUAGCCUUCAAACCCUAAAAAGAAUAAAGUUGUAGAAAGUGAGUCUUGUAAGCAGUGGUUAUUUAUUUUAAAGAGAAUAUAUUUAAUAUGAGUAGAAUAAA